ACAAAAAUCCGAUCCGAACCCGAUCGAAAACCGAUUAUCCGGGCCUUUAUUCAUCAUUUCUUCACCAGAUGAUCUGGUCCAGAUCUAAUCCAAUCCGUGAUUAAACAAACCCCUAGAAACCUCUCUCUCUCCGGCACCUUUCUCCGAUCAAACCAAUGACGCUCCACGCCGCGGUAAUCCAGAAGCUCCUCAACACCGGCUCCCACCUCGGCCGCCGCGCGGCCGAGCACCAUUUCAAGCAAUACGCCUACGGGACCCGCAACGGGAUGACCAUCAUCGACUCCGACAAAACCCUGAUCUGCCUCCGCAGCGCCGCGAGCUUCGUCGCCAACCUCGCCCGCACCAAGGGGAACAUCUUCUUCGUCAACACGAACCCUCUCUUCGACGAGAUCGUCGAGCUCACCUCGCGCCGCAUCCAGGGCGACGCGUACAACCACAACCGCUCGACGAAUCUCUGGAAGAUGGGAGGGUUCUUGACGAACAGCUACAGCCCCAAGAAGUUUCGGUCCAGGCACAAGAAGCUCUGCUUUGGGCCCACGACGAUGCCUGAUUGCGUUGUGGUGUUUGAUGCCGAGAGGAAGAGCUCGGUGGUGUUGGAGGCGGCGAAGCUUCAGAUUCCCGUGGUGGCGAUUGUGGAUCCGAAUGUGCCGUUGGAGUUCUUUGAGAAGAUUACGUAUCCUGUGCCUGCGCGUGACUCGGUGAAGUUUGUGUAUUUGUUUUGUAAUGUGAUUACUAAGUGCUUUGUGGCGGAGCAGAUGAAGAUGGGGAUCACUGCUUGAUUGAUUGGUUAUGAGUAACAAAGUUUGAAACUUUUUUUUUAGUAUUGAAUAAGUGUUCUUCAGAAUUUGAAGUUCUCACAUUUGAAUGAUUUUGCUGAAAGAUUGUUCAUUUCUUGGGAAUGCUAUAUAGAUUAUUUGUAAGAGACAUGUUAGGAUUGGUCUAGGAAGUUUUGUAUUUAGCUUAUUCCCUCUGCAA